AAUGAUUGGCGCUAUCAACGUUGCCGGACUCUUAUUUAGUGUUUACUUCUACGCAUGGUUACGUCCGGAUCUUCAAGCAAAUGUUCGCAUGGGCUUCUAUCGAUAUAAAGUUGAUUUUGCAAUAUAUUUCGGAACUGCUGUCUGGUUAUUUUUGGCAAUGUGUGUCGUCGCUCCACGUGUCUGCCGACGAACCAAUGCGAUUGCCGGAAAUUGUGGAAUGGCCGUUUGCUCGAUUAUUGUCAUUGUAAAUCAUUAUCUGCUGGAGAAAAAAUGGGUGUGGGGUGGCUUGCUCUAUCUCAGCAAUAUUAUGUUCUACGUGCUGUUCAUGGGACUCACAGUAAUGGGACAAUUCUCCAGAUAUCAUUAUGAUAAGAAUCGUGUCUCCAAUAUGAUUAUUCCAAUCUUGGCAAACGCAGCAAUGACAGUUUUGCUCAUGACGAACCUAACAGAUACCGGAUAUUCUGACGUCGUUCCGAUCAUCUCCUACGGAGUUCACACAACAAUGGCCAUCAUUGCUCAAGGUGCCGGACCACGCCUCAAAACAUUAGACUUUUUUGAAUACCUCAAUCAAUUCAAACGACGACAGUAGUUCAAAUCGUUUCUAACCAAUUAUUUCAUCUAAUUUGCUGGUUCUCAUGUAUUUUCUUGUCAAAUCAUAACUUGUAUCUCACUUCUCACUCAAUUCUCCACGACAAUCACUUUGCUUCAUUCUAUUCACAGUGUUAUUUUUUAUGAAGAUAAUUUAAUUCGG